UGCCCCUAAAUUUAUUUCCCGUCUCCAAGUCUCGCCCUAGCUUCUUUCUCUACCCAUCACUGUCCGCUAGCCUCUUCUCCAGCCGCUGCCAACGAACGCUGACAUCAGGUUUGCGCCUCCCCUCCCUUUUGGUAGUCAUGCCUUCUUGUUCGUCCGCUUCAAUUCAACCUUCGAUUGAGAUUCGAUCAGAACCCCAUGAUUUCAAUUUCAAGCACUGCAUAUACUAAUUGGGUUCAUUCCAAAAUUGACGAGUCAUGAUAUUCCACGAUUGGGUAUUUUAUUUUGUUUCUCUAUGCCUUCCAUUUUUUGAAUUCCACUUUUAAAGAUACCUAAAUUACUUUUAAAUUUUAAAUAAAUGAAAGAAUGAGCCACUUUUACUUUGGAUGUUCUUUUUUUACUUCAUAGGUUAAUAUGGUCAUUUGGACUAAACAUUCAAUUAGUCUUAAGAUGAAACUGAAAUGUUUGAGCUGAUUUGGGACUUCUGAAGAUAGUAUAAUCGAUUAAUAGGCCAAAGAUUUGAUUUCUCAACCUUUACUGGUUUCACAAUUUCAAUCCUCUAUCCUAGAUAUGGUAUUGCAGUUGAAGGCAUGUGUGAAGGUACAUGAGGAUAAAGGUGGUGGACCUGCUGUGGAUGUGAUGCGUUUUCUACUAACGUACGGGCUUGAUCCAAUAUUUUGUCAAGUAGAGAACACACCCUUCCUAAACAAAAGAGUGAAGGAAUCGGUAAGAAAGUUACUGAAAGAAACUGUGGAAUUCAGUAGAAGGGCAGUUGGUGGUGGUAAUGAGACCCAGAGUGAUGUUUAAGGGGUAAAGGAGCAAAAUAGGAGUAAAACAUUGAUGAAAAUCUAAAAUAGGAGUUGAAACAUAAAAGCCCCAAAAUAGGAGUUGUUCACUCUCCUUUCACAACUGCCUCGUGGUUUCAUGUGAUUAUUAAAGUUAAGUUUUUUUUCAACUCUCAAAACAAAGUUAGAGGCAGGGUCAUUUAUUUUUAGGUAGUUACUGGUGGAGGGGAGCUAGCUAGUCAAUAUGCAUAGGCUUUGGUGCCGUGACUCUUAUUUUUC